AUCACAAUCGUCAAUUCAUUAAUUAAAUUAGGAAAUUCUGGAACGAUGAAUAAUCGCUCACACCUUUCUUCUCAUGACUCUUUUGGCCUUAUAAUCUGAUCAUAAUCAAAGUACUGACUUGACCACAUGGCUCUACAUCUUGGUGAGCAGGUAGCUUCGUUAUAUAAGUCUAUGUAUAAUGAGGUUCUGCUUUAAGACUGUUUGUAUGUGCAACUCGAAAGCAGUAGUGGAGACAGAGAGAUAUGGAGGUGGCAAAAAUAAGUACGUUGUCAGGUAACAAUAACAACGAUGAAGAAGUUAUGCUUCCAGGGUUUCGGUUUCAUCCUACAGAUGCAGAGCUUGUUGGAUUUUACUUGCGACGAAAAGUGGAGAAGAAGCCUAUCAGUAUUGAUAUUAUCAAGCAGAUAGAUAUCUACAAAUACGAUCCAUGGGAUAUUCCAAGAGUUAGCGCGGCUAGUGGUGAUCACAAGGAGUGGUACUUCUUCUGCAUAAGAGGAAGGAAAUACAGGAACAGCAUUAGGCCAAAUAGAGUGACAGGAUCUGGAUUUUGGAAAGCCACGGGCAUUGACAAGCCCGUUCUUUCAGUUAAAGAACCCUACGAUUGCAUUGGCCUCAAGAAAUCUUUAGUUUACUAUCGAGGUAGAGCUGGGAAAGGCACCAAAACUGAUUGGAUGAUGCAUGAGUUUCGUCUACCACCAAAUACCAAAAAUGUCAAGGACAUUGCCCACCAAGAACAAGAAGCUCAGGAAGUCUGGACACUAUGCAGAAUUUUCAAACGAGCCCCAUCGUUCAAAAAGUACACACCAGUUUUCAAACAAAACGUCCCAACUAAUUCAGGUUCAAAAACAUGCAGCUUGGAAUCUGAAACCAGCAAUGAGCAAUACAUGUGCUUUGGAAAUUCAGUCUUUCAACUACAGAACGAAAGGAAACCACCAGUUGCCUUUAUCAACCAUGUUGAUGAAAGAAACCAUCUGUUUAUGAAUCAGUUUGAUUGUGCAGCACAAUCUGCAGUUAGUACUGUAGCCUCGUACUCGAGCUUUUGGAAUCCAAGAGGAGAUGAUUUAUUUACAUAUGGAAACUGGGAUGAGCUACGAUCGGUGGUUGAGUUAGCAACUGACCCAUCUCACUUAUAUUAUGACUGUAAAUAAACAAUAUAGUAUUUACAAAUCAGGAACUUUAAUAAGAAAACUUUAGAGGGAUCCAUAAACAGUUCAUCUUUUUGUCGCCAUUUUUACUGUUUACCAUUAUAUAUUCAUGCAAAUUCAAGGGGGCCAGAUACGUACGUGUUCCAGAAGAACAUGAAAAGCUGCACGCAGAUUUCAAGCGCGUCAAUACUGAUCAGAAGCUUCGGUUUUUUUUUUUUUUUUAAAUUAUUUUAGGCAGAAAUUAGAAGCUUCGACUCCGUUGAUUUGGCUGCAUAAUUAUUAAUUUACACAUGAAUUACUGAACUCACUUAUAAUUAGCUUGCUGUUAGCGCAUUCCUCUUGAUGUAUGAAAAUAUAUGUAUAUGACAUGUAUCUUGUUAUUUUUUGUUUGUUCA